GACAAGCAGGAGAUUGAGGGAGAACUACAUGUCAUGGUCAAGAAGAUCCCUGGAUUUUCCAUUGAGGGAAAAGGAGCUGUAAAAAUGACGGAUGAGGAUAAAAAAAGGCUGAGAAUAUCAGCUGCACAUUUCAUGGUGAUGUCCAUCUUGAGCAGAAUCCCACCACGUACAUGGAGGCCCUAGAGCUGUACAAGAAGCUCCCCAGUCUACUGAAGGAGAAUCCUCAGAAUGCAGUGCCAAUAAAAGUCUGGCUCUAUCCUCUUUGUCUAGUGGAUACAAAAGCUGCUCAGCUGGAGAGAGAAAUCAGCACACGUUUGAUUUCCAGCAUUGGAGAUAUGAUGGAGGGGCUGGGGGACGUAGAGAGGACAUGCAAUGACCUGUGCAGAAGAACAGAGGUAAAUGUUUUCAGUGACAUCAAAGAAAGGCUAUGCUCAUUUAAGGAUUCAUUUAGCAUUUACAAGAUAGUGCUCCAGAAAGCACUGGCCAGAGUCUUGCCUGCCAUUCGAGGAGGAGGUAUGGAGGAACAAUCCUUAGAAGACAUCCUGAAGAUAGACAACAGCUCCCCUUUUAAUGCCGACUUACUUAACCAAUGGUUAGAUGAUGCAAAGUCUGAACUUUACUUGUUGAAUAAUCACACCAAGACACUGAAUGAGAUCAACACAGUAGAUUCAGACGGGCUCAACGCCAUCCUUUCUGAUCCUGACACUGAUGUAGUGUUGUGCUUGACCUUCACAUCUCUAAAAUAUGAAGACCCAUAUCUUUCAAUCCUGACAGAGUUUCUAAAAUCUGACAAGUUUAAAGAGCUUGAUAAAAAAGAAAAACUACAUUCUGUGGCAUCAGAUGGACAGUGGUUCAAAGAUCCUGAUGUCAUUGCAAAAAUGAGAGAGAACUCACGUCUCUUCAAAAGAUUUUCAGAGGCCAAUAAAAAUGAGAAGAGUAUCCGAUUCAUUAUAUCUGCCAUCUCCAAUCCUACCAUUCCAGGCUCCUCCAUCUAUCUGUAUGAAAAUGGGAAACUGACAGACGCAAAGUUUCAGCCUGUGUCCAAGCCGCCCCCACCAGUAGUGAAGAAUGUCCUGGACUCAACUGUUUCCCUGAAACUGCAGAAGUCCCCAACUGGAGAAACAGUGAAGUACAGAGUGGAGUACAAGCAGGUGAAAGCAGAUUCUGGAGCUGAGGAACAGUGGAUUGUCAUUGACACAGCUGAUGAAGACUUCAGCCUUACUGAACUGGUAUCUGGAAAGCAGUACCUGAUCCACUACAGGAUACUGGGUAAAGUGGGAGUGAGUGAAGCCAGUGAAACUACACAGACUUACAGCCGUCACAUAACAUGUGAGGAAGGCACGCAGCAUGAAGAUGAAGGUCAAAGAUAA